AGACCUAAAAUGGCGCCUUCUCGCUCCGAAUACCAUAGAGACAAGGGCGGGGCCACAGCGAUAGAAAAAAGGCGGAUGGGAAAGGCGACUGGGUAGAGCGGCUGUAUCGAGCGUGGGGCCUCUCUGCGCGUUUCGGCUUCCUGCUCUCUGGUUGUCGCUUGCGGAUAGGAAUUUGGAGCGUGGUUUUUAUGGCGGGUGAGGGAGAGCCAGGCGACCCGAGAAAGUCUUUUAAGUUGCUGGGAAUACUUGAUGUUGGAACCAUCCCCUGUGCUCGGGAAUCAGUGCUGUACGGGUCAUUGGGUGCUUUAACGCUGGGCCUUGGACACUUCUUAGCAACUAGUAGAGUAAGAAGAUCAUGUCACUUUGGAGCAGGAGGCUUUAUCUUUACAACAUUAGGAUGCUGGUUCUACUGUCGAUAUAAUAAUGCAAAACUAAGAAUCCAACAACGAAUGAUUCAAGAAGCGAUGAAAAACAAGAUUUUGUUUGAAGGCACACAGUUUGAUCCAGAGAAGCAAAAAACAAACACUGCAAGAAGUAAUUGAUAGGAAGUCACUGUACGCAAUGGAUAACUUGUUGGGAAUAACAGCACUACAUGAAGACUGAUCUACAAAAUCAUGGAACUUGACACAAGGUGAUGUAUGGAGAAGACUGUGAAAGGACAUGUUGGAGUGGAUCUUUUCAAGCCUUUCCCAAGCAGCCUGUUUUUCAUUAAAAGUAUCACAGAAUAGUACAUUGUAGCAACAAGAGGGAAUCAGUUAAACUGCCUUCCUUUACUAGCAUAAGCUUGAAGAUGGGAAGGUCUGAAGAGAUUUUACUCUGCCAAUUCCUUCUAGAAACAUGGAUCCAUCUUAUAAGUAAUUUUCUGGACUCAGGGCUAUAAUAAAAUUAGAUUUGUAUUUUACCCUUACAAACCAACCCAAAAGUGCAUUUAAGUAUACCUAUUUUGAUCUUACUUUUUCUCUAAAAGCAAAUUAAGUAUACUGAAGAUGCUUAAAUGUCUUUCAAAUAAUUUGAACUGAUAUUGAAUCCGUAUGGAAGGUUAUUCAGCAACUAGUAUAGACACAGAAAUAUAGAACUUGUGGGCCACAUCUUAUCAAGCCUAAACACUUUCUAAAGGCAAGUUGAUGUUACUGAUACAGAUUUUUUAAAGUUUCUCCAUUAAACAAUUGAAAAAUUGGUUGGAUCAUGUUGUUGUGCAUAUUUUAUCUCCCCCCCCCCCCAAAAAAAAACCCUGGUAAGCAGUCUUCUCCCAAAUCGCCUUCGCUGCAGUAGGGUUAAUGAAAAUAGUGCUUGUAUUGUCAACAUUUUUCAAAGAUACAACAUACAUGAGAAACAGUAUUUUGCACUGAACUAUAGAUAUCCUUGACUAAUAAUGUGUAAAAUAUUUACCGAAUUGUAUACAUCACUGCAUAUACACACGUUGGGACAUUCAAGACACUUGACUAAAAUAGCCAUUGUUGUGUGGUCCAGUAACGUUUGCCAGUUUUAUUCCAUGAGCUUCAGCCUCAUUUCAAAUGUUUUAUGCAUUGCCUCAUUGAUAGCAUUAUAAACUAUAACUAGAAGACACUGCCCAACUGCAGUACUGGUGACAUGGUAAAAUACCUAGGUUUUUUUGUUGUUAUCGUAACAUUGGUAAAUUUAUCCCAGCGCUAUUAUUUGAGGUAGUGAAUAUCUUGACCAUUCUGUGGCCACAAUUCAAAGAUACCAUUAAAGCAUAUGAAAUGUGUAGCCUUUCCUGAUAUUUAGCCUUUGCCACCCACAAAAAGCUCACAUUUUUGGGUAGUGUUUGCCUUUGUUGCUGUAUAAAGGCAUUCAUCAGUUCUAAUAGGGGAAAUGGUUGUAAACAAAUUAAAUUCUUCUAAAAUCUAUACUUCACUUUAGAAUCAAUAUGAAUCUAUUGUUAUCUGAUAUAGUAAUUUAUAAUGUGUGUGGGAUUUUUUAUGUUUGGGUUGUGAAUGUACAUUGUGGGCCUUUUAAAUACUAUGUGCAUGCAAAUCAUUUACAUGCAAUUAAGUACAAACUAAUAAAAUUAUUUGAAUCAGGA